GCAGCGUGUGUUUAUUGAUGAGAUGAAAAGAAGAUGGAAGUGAGAAAUGAAACAAAGUAAAGGAACAUAUUAAAAAAAGCAAACUAUACGCGCUUCAUCGGGGGAAAACAGGGGGAGCCGUGGAAACGCUAUCGCCACUUUUUGAACGAGCUUCGAAGUGCAGAGCAGCACAUGAUUUGGACAGAGAGGACUGACAGCCUUGCCUAGCACCUGGCCUCUGAUCAGCCAUCUCCACCAGCAAACUGAAGCUUGACCCGCACUUCAUCACCAGCCACACAAGCAUCUUCGGAACAAAACGUCAUCUAACUGUGACAUCAGUUGCAAGGGGAUGACCGAGCGCAUUCAUAACAUCAAUCUCCACAACUUCAGCAAUUCUGUACUUGAGACCCUCAAUGAGCAGCGCAACCGUGGGCACUUCUGUGACGUGACUGUUCGGAUCCAUGGAAGUAUGCUGCGAGCUCACCGGUGCGUGCUGGCUGCUGGAAGCCCCUUCUUUCAGGACAAGCUGCUCUUGGGCUACAGCGACAUUGAGAUCCCUUCUGUGGUCUCAGUGCAAUCCAUCCAAAAGCUGAUUGACUUUAUGUACAGUGGGAUUCUGCGGGUAUCUCAGUCAGAGGCCCUGCAGAUCCUUACUGCGGCUAGCAUCCUACAGAUCAAGACCGUCAUUGAUGAGUGUACCCGCAUUGUGUCCCAGAAUGUGGGCCUGGCAGGGCCGGGGGGGUUCCCUGUUAUACCAGGAGACUCUGGUCAGGAAACACCCCGUGGCACGCCAGAGUCUGGCACCUCUGGGCCCAGCAGCGACGCAGAGUCAGGUUAUAUGCAAGCAACAUCACAGCAAAGCAUGGAUCGUGCAUACACAUCACUGUACUCCUACUCUGGCAUCUCUCUGCAGAACGGCACCCGCGAGCGCCCCCUGUACAUUAACCCUCUGACGUCAAACUACGAUCCCACUCUCAGCACUCAGAAGGACCAGCAGUCUCAAGAUCCACCCUGGAUGAACCGUAUUCAGGAGAGAAACCAACAGGUCGAUCGCUUCAUCUCCACAGCAGAGUCCACUCACUGCCGUAAGCAACCCCGACCGGUACGCAUACAAACAGGAGGGAUGCACAUAAAGCAGGAGGCCGAAGAUGAGUACAGCUGCUACGAUAAUUUGGGGGACUGUCCUAUUGACACUGACCAUACUGAAGGUGUAGAGAGUGAAUCCAAGGUUGAAAGUUUUGACUCAGGGGUGAGCUCCUCCAUCAGUACUGAGCCAGAUGCUAUGGAGCAGCAACCGUUCCUGACAGGCUUUAGCCGAGACGGGGGCGGGGACGGAGGUGAAGGAGGUCCAGUGCAUAUAGAGGUCAAUGACUCGUCCCCAGAGCAAGUGCAAGAGACAGAGGACGGGGACAUAUCCCACAGCACUAGUGACAGUAGCAUGAUGCAGCCCCUGCCAAACUCAGUCAUGUCCCAGUCCCUGCCAAGUGCCCUGCACUACAUGCGCCAGGCAGAAUCACACACCAGCAAUCUGAGGAUGCCGCUCACCGUGACCAGCAAUUCCCAAGUGAUGGGCACAGCUGGAAGCACCUUCCUGCCCACACUCUUUCCUACACAGCCGGCUAGAGACAACAAGCCUUUCCUUUACCUUCCUGGCCAGCAGCAACCCCAGUUUGUGGCAGUGCCGCCCCCUGCAAUGCCAUCAUUCCCGAACCCCAUGUCGGUACAGCAAGCGCCAGCUAUGAAGCAAGAGGUUACAGGAGGACUUGGUGCAGGGGAAAAGAAGCCCUAUGAAUGCACUCUCUGCAGUAAAACCUUUACUGCUAAACAGAACUACGUCAAACACAUGUUUGUCCAUACUGGUGAGAAGCCUCAUCAGUGCAGCAUCUGCUGGCGCUCGUUCUCCCUGAAGGAUUACUUAAUCAAACACAUGGUGACACACACAGGGGUGCGGGCCUACCAGUGCAGCAUCUGCAACAAGCGUUUCACCCAGAAGAGCUCUCUCAACGUCCACAUGCGGCUGCACCGUGGAGAGAAGUCCUAUGAGUGCUACAUCUGCAAGAAAAAGUUCUCACACAAGACCCUGCUGGAGAGGCACAUGGCCCUGCACAGCACAGGCAACACCAUCACAGGGCUGUCGGGGAGCGCAGGUACCCCAGGCCCGGUCUCCAUUCCCAUCCCAAUGGCUGUCCCUGAGCCUGGAGCUGGAGUGGUGGCCCUCGCCAUGCCAGUGAGCGGAGGUGCUGGAGUAGGGGCUGGGGUUGGAACAGGAGUGGGUGUAGCUGCAGAAGCGAGCUGCCAAGAAGGGACCACCUACGUGUGCUCCGUCUGCCCUGCCAAGUUCGACCAAAUGGAGCACUUCAAUGACCACAUGCGAAUGCAUGUCUCCGAUGGAUAAGUACUAAUAGAUAAACUUCUUUCAAAAAGAAUGACAAAUAAAAUGGCACUAGAUUUUCCUUUUCUUGUUUUGAGGUAUGAAGAGUAAUGAGUAUAGACACUGGCACAUUAAGUUUCCCAAAAAAGAUUUUUUUUUUUUUUUCUGUUAUUCUAAAAGAAAAAAAAGAUGGUGGCCUUAAGGCUUAGUAGUUUGAUAUUGAUCUACUGGAUGGAUCCUAACUACAGGCCUCUAAAUGUAUGCUUUCCUAAAAUACUGAUUUAUGUGUUGAACACUACCGAAAGGCCUACGAAAGAAACACAUACACACAAACACACCUUUAGUGUAGAUAUGUCUGAAUGAAUAUACAUGUGCAUAUAUGUUUGAGCGUUUGUGUGUAUUUGCAUGUGUCCGUCUGGUUGUCUAAGUGUGUGUGUGUGUGUGUUUGUGUGUGUGUGUGUGUGUGUGUGUGUGUGUGUGUGUGUGUGUGUGUGUGUGUGUGUGUGUACAUUGCCAUGAAAUAUAAAUCAUGGUAGUUGUGAACCCAUACUGACCAGUUUGGAAACUAUAGAUGUCCAAGCUUACUGUGGUAUAAUUUACAACAACAAUAACAAGAAAUCUUCUGGGGUUGGGCUACAUAUUCCCUCUAAAAAUACUGAUGGUCACAAGAUUGCCUUCUUAUGUAAAAUAAAAAAGGAGAGUAGUUAAUUUGACAGUGGGUUUUAUUUAUUCCUAUGGUAUUAAGGGAUUAUAAUGCAGCUGUUGUCAAGGUACCAAUUUCAAUCAUUUUACUGAAAUGUAACUUCCUGUCAGUGGUGACAGGGACAAAUAUUUCUCAUCUGUUUUGUAAUUGUUGUCCAUGCAUUUUAAUGGUUAAGAUUGCGUUUACUAAAUUAGGGUGUGUUGAUGAGACAGUAUUUGAGCAAAAAUUUGUUUCUUUUUUUCUGAAGUUUGGAGUUUAACUCAUUUGCAUACACUGCCACUAAUAUCUUAAAAGACUGUUAAGGCUAAUAGACCUCUUCCAUUUCAAAACAUAAGAAAAAAAGAAAGAUUCUUUUGCUGAUUGGUUUUUUUAGCCUUUCACAUUCACAGUUAUGGCAGGCUGGCAUAUGCGACUAAACUCUCUCCUUCAUAAUUGCUGCUCCUCAACUUGCACCUGACUGUUAUGGGAUGUAGAUUAAAAAAAUAUUUGUCACUUUCUAUUGUUGUUAUUCAGUAGCCGACAUGGUUUUAAUUUGAUAAUGGAAUUAUAAUAUUGGGGGGGAGGGGUUAGGCUAGUUGUUGAUUGGAACAGUGUUGAAGAGGGAGGGAUUUAAUUUGAAUCAAAUUUGAAUUGGAAACAAAUGCCAUCCUGAUCCUAGAACCCUGUAUAACCUGUUCAUUACUAUUGCAAAGCCAUUUAAGCUAGUGGGAGCUAAAUGCAUUAAUCUUUGUGUUAUUGCUCUCCCUGAAGGCUCAAAUGGCAUGCAACGUUUUGAAAGGAUAUGCAGUCUCAGAGCAAAACAAGUAGCUCCAUUGAUAUCACAGUUUCACGAUAUACCACAUGUUGGAGAUGGACUUUCUAGACAAUAGUAUACAUUCCUGAUUUUUCUAAAAACCUAGACACAGCAUGUACAGAAUAGAUUUGGAAGCUAGUGUGCUUAAGUUGUCAUCCAUAAAUCACAUCACUUAAGGCUCA